AUGUGUCCAUUACUCGUAGUAUACUGGCUGACAGAUAUUUCAGGCUAUUUGAUUGUUAAUCCGAAGAAAACAAUUGAUAUACAACACAUUGCAUUGAAAUUUUAUGGUUUUGUCGAAACUUACUCCGGUGAUAAGUUUACUCUAUUGAAUGAAGAGAAACAGCUGGCCAAACCACUCCAAGCUAGAAAGUAUACAACUUUUUUUUCGGGCCAAAUCCAUGAAUAUGAUUUUGAAUUCGAAAUACCAAGAGAUAAACGAUUGCCCAGUUCUGCGAAUAUACCAAAAGUGGCAAACGUAGUGUAUUUUCUGACUGCUACCCUUAAAAAACCACGUUUCAGGUUCUCUCAUUCACUUUGUCCUAUAUCAGAAGAGGUUAAAAUAUUGGAUAAGAUUGAUGUACAAUCAUUAGAUUAUAUAUCACCCGUCAACAUGAGUAGUGAACUUGGAUUUAUAAAUGGCAGCAAGCUAUGUUUCUGGAAUUUGUAUUUGCCGAAGUCAGCAUUCUUGAGAGGUACUUUUUCUUUAACAGUAGAACAGUGCGGCUGA